AUGACACCUCUGCUGAACACACCCUCCCUGUGUCUCCUUGUCCUCCGGAUCUUUGUGACUCAGGGAGUGUUUGUCGAGGAGCCCCCGAAAAAGGCCAUCCACUCCCUGGCCGAGAAGGAGACCGUCCUGCCCUGUCGCUACACGCCAAUCGAUCCCGGCACGACGGUGGUGCAGGUCACCUGGUAUAAGGAGAAACCCGGGGCCGGCAAGGACCAGAUCAUCACCGCACACUUCACGAACGGACAGACCGCAUUUGGGUCAUGGUCUCGAAAAGUGCACUUCAGAAGCAGCGAGCCCACCCUGGACUCGUCCCUGGUUUUCAGGAGCACGGAGGUCUCAGAUGAGGGGAAGUACAUCUGCCACAUCAACACCUUCCCCUCUGGCAACUUCGACAGUUACAUGUCACUCACCGUAUGGACCAUUCCCAUCUCCUCCCUGGAGCCUGUGAUCAUGGUGGAGGGUCAGUCCUACGGACAGGCCGCGUCCUGCCGCUCUAUAGCCCGCCCGCCCCCCCGCCUCUCUUGGGAGAGCGCCCUGAACGGCCAGUCCACCAACCGCACCUCGGAAAACGGGGCGGUCACCUCGCACUACUCCCUGCACCCGCUGAGGAGCAUGAACGGCAUGAAACUGGACUGUCUGGUGUGGCACCCGACUUCCCCCAAACCACGCAGGCUCAGAAACAUCCUGGAAGUUCACUUCCCGCCGCAUGCAGAGGUGUCUGGCUACAGUGGAGACUGGUUCAUCGGUCUGGAGAGCGCUGCCCUGAGGUGUGUGAGCGGAGGAAACCCCAAACCGAGAAUCACCUGGAUCAGAGUUGGCAAAGACUUGCCGGAAGGUGUGAUCCCCCACCCUAACGGAACACUCGUUUUUGGGCGACCCCUGAGCUUGUCCGACCAAGGCACCUACCAGUGUGUGGCGGAGAAUGAAGUGUCAGCGGGGAAGGCGGAGGUGGACAUUGUUGUGGCAGAAUCUCGCGUGGACCCGAAAAUUCCAGAAGAACUGCUGAUGAUCAUCGUGGGGGCUGUGGCUGGCGGGCUGCUGCUCCUGAUGCUCGUCAUCGUCAUCACAAUCACGUGUCACCACAAACGCAAGAGCACCAAGCUGAAGAAGGAGCUGAAUGAGAAGACGGAGGAAAUCUCCACCCUCUCCAGACAUGCCUCCAUCAGGAGGAUGCACUCCGUCAGCACAGACACCAGAGGAGCGACGGAGGAGAACAUCCCUCUGAGGGUGGAGGGAACCAUGAGGACCAGCUUCUCCUCCCUCGGGGACCAGGGCCACUACCUUGACAGCCGCUCGUCAAUCUCAGGUGGGCGAGCAGGAGGAGGGGGAGCGUACGACUACCUGGGCAGACCAGUCCUUCACAACAACUCGCGUAGGGGGAGAGACAGGCUCCUGGACAGAGACGAGGAAAACCGACUCCGAGUGGAGACGUAUGUGAGAGACAGCACCAUAUCUCUGCAGGAAACUCGUUUCCACCCUCCUCUAACGCCGACAACCUUCCCCAUGGUCCAGUCCACGGAGACUGUGCGGCAGCUGAACGGCAGCACUGUCAUGCCAGCGGACGGCGGGGGUUCGCGGCCGGGAAGCGCCACCAGCAAAACCCACCAGCACCCUCCACUGAGCUCCACCUAUCCACCGGUGACAGAUGACGAGGAUGAGGUGGACGAAGGCUUGGGGGGUCCCGCCAGCCAGGAGCAUCCCGACGACCAAGACAGUGAGACCAACAGCUCCCACGUGUCCGAGGUCCCCAGCCCCCGCUAUCAGCAUACUAAUGGCACUUUGAGACCCAAACCCCGGCCGAGCCCCACUGUGAUCAGUCCCCAUGCCUCCAUGAUCCACAAGGCUCAGAUAGUGUAG